UGCUCAAGCGGCAGCUGAUAAAAUAUUGUUUACAAACUAAAACAUAAAUAAUUUAAUUUUUUAUAAUAAAACUAAUCUAAUAUUGCAGCAAGAUGGGUAAACGGCAGCAUCAAAAGGAUAAAAUGUACCUCACCUAUACGGAAUGGUCGGAACUGUAUGGUGGCAAAAAAACUGAAUCGGCGGAAAAUGAACACAUUAAAUUCAAACGAUUACCCUAUGAUCAUUGUUGCAUUACAAUGAUACCUUUUGAUAUGCCCUACUGUGAUGCAGAUGGCAACAUAUUUGAACUUGAAGCCAUACUAGCAUUUCUAAAAGCUUUUAAAGUUAAUCCAAUCACAGGAAAAACACAAGAUGCUAAGGCGCUAUUUAAACUAAAUUUCUAUAAAAAUGCUGAAGAUGAAUAUCAUUGUCCGGCAUUGUUUAAGCCAUUCACUAAAAACUCACACAUUGUUGCUUUACGAACAACUGGUAAUGUGUAUUCAUGGGAAGCAAUUGAGCAACUUAACGUAAAAACCAAAAAUUGGAAGGAUCUUAUUGAUGAUUCACCAUUUUUGCGCAAAGACAUAAUAACUAUACAGGAUCCAUUGCGUUUAGAAAAGUUCGACAUAUCACGUUUUCAUCAUAUACGUAAAAAUUUACGUGUACUCACAGAGGAAGAAGAACUAGAGCGUAAGGAUCCUACAGGACGCAUAAAGAAUAUGAAUUUAGAAACAAAAGAAACAUUGGAGCAAUUAGAAAAGGAUUAUCAACCUGCGGAAGAGCAACCAACAUCUACUAAACGCUUAGCGGAUAAAUUUAAUGCUGCACAUUAUUCAACUGGUACGGUAGCGGCCAGUUUUACAUCUACAGCUAUGGUGCCAGUGUCUCAGCAUGAAGCAGCUAUAAUCGAUGAAGAUUUGGUGAAAUAUGAACGUGUUAAAAAAAAGGGAUACGUUAGAUUGAACACAAAUUUUGGACCACUCAAUUUUGAAAUAUAUUGCGAUGCGGUACCGCGUGCUUGUGAAAACUUCAUUAGACACUGCAGCAAUGGUUACUACAAAGACACUAAGUUUCAUCGUUCCAUUAGAAAUUUUAUGAUACAAGGUGGUGAUCCAACAGGUACGGGCACUGGUGGCACAUCAAUUUGGAGCAAAAAGUUUGAAGAUGAAUUCAAACCAAAUCUUUCACAUUCAGGGCGUGGUAUAUUAUCAAUGGCUAACUCUGGUCCCAAUUCGAAUGGCUCGCAAUUCUUCAUCACUUACCGCUCCUGCAAACAUUUGGAUGGUAAACACACUAUUUUUGGUAAACUAGUAGGCGGUGGUGAUACAUUAAAUCAAAUAGAAAAAAUUGAGGUUGAUAACAAAGAUUGUCCCAUUGAAGAUAUAAUAAUUGAAUCUGCGCAAGUAUUUGUCGAUCCAUUUCAAGAAGCAAUCGAUGAAUUAGCAAAGGAACGUGCGGAAGAAGUAGAAAAACAAGCACAAGAUGUGCAGAAUGAAAAAACCAAGAAACGUUUGAAGCAACCUCUGAAGGUUUACAAGGAAGGUGUUGGCAAAUAUAUUAACUUGCAGGCAAUGAAAAAAGCUGUAACAGACGAUAGUGAUAAGUCAUCACCGUCUGCAAAUAAACGAGUUAAAAGCAAGGCGGUAAGUAGUGGGUUUGGAGAUUUCUCGAGUUGGUAAUAAAAUAUGUAAAUCUCUAAUUUUUUAUGGAAAAAUAAAUGUUUUAUUUAUU